AUGCAGAAAGGACGUGGCGCUUCUGACGGCAGACAGCCAGGGUCUUCGAGCAUUGGCGCGGACUUUGCAGCGUUUCGAAGUGCUUGUCCCCUGAAGAAGUUCGCUCAGCCACACUCGCAGCUGGAGUGGUCUUACUACCAGGCUGGUCCAGCAAGUGACGCGAACCCAUUGGUGUUUUUGCAUGGCACCAGCAGUACUGCUGCUGCUUUCUUCUACCAGGUCAUGUCUUUCAGCGAGAAGGGCUACAGUGUCGUAAGUGCGCAAUAUCCAGCUUACGGCGGUCCAGACGAGUGGUGUAAGGGUUUCGACCUUUUCUUGGAUGGCUUGCGGUACCGCACGGUUCAUCUGGUGGGUGCUGGUCUGGGUGGCUUCCUGGCGCAACAUUAUGCGUGUAAGCACCGAAGCCGCGUCAGGUCUCUGGUUCUGUGCAACUCCUUCGCAUCAACCAAUGCCUUCGCACUUAGAGCCGGUACGUGGGGCAGCCUCAUCUCCAUCAUGCCCACGGCGUUUCUGCGUCAGGCCAUGCAAGACACAUUGCCACAG